CAGGUGGAGGACGCGCUGACCUACCUGGACCAGGUGAAGAUCCGCUUCGGCAGCGACCCCGCCACCUACAACGGCUUCCUGGAGAUCAUGAAGGAGUUCAAGAGCCAGAGCAUCGAUACUCCUGGAGUCAUCAGACGCGUCUCUCAGCUCUUCCACGAACACCCCGACCUCAUCGUGGGCUUCAACGCGUUCCUCCCCUUGGGGUAUCGGAUAGACAUCCCCAAGAACGGCAAACUGAACAUCCAGUCGCCUCUGGCGAGCCAGGAGAAUCCGCACGGCCAUGGGGACUGCGCGGAGGACUUCAAGCAGCAGAUGCCGUAUAAGGAGGACAAGCCCCAGGUGCCCUUGGAGUCGGAUUCGGUGGAAUUCAACAACGCCAUCAGCUACGUGAAUAAGAUCAAGACCCGCUUCCUAGACCACCCGGAGAUCUACAGGUCGUUCCUGGAGAUCUUGCACACUUACCAGAAGGAGCAGCUGAACACGAAGGGCCGGCCGUUCCGGGGCAUGUCCGAAGAGGAGGUGUUCACAGAGGUGGCCAACCUCUUCCGGGGCCAGGAGGACCUGCUCUCCGAGUUCGGGCAGUUCCUGCCCGAAGCCAAGCGCUCCCUGUUUACCGGGAACGGGCCAUGCGAGAUGAGCAGCGUCCAGAAGAAUGAACACGAGAAGACUCUGGAGCACGGCAAGAAGCGCUCCCGGCCCUCACUCCUGCGCCCCGUGUCCGCGCCAGCCAAGAAGAAGAUGAAGCUCCGCGGCACCAAAGACCUGUCCAUCGCGGCCGUGGGCAGGUACGGGACCCUGCAGGAGUUCUCCUUCUUUGACAAGGUCCGCAGGGUGCUGAGGAGCCAGGAGGUGUACGAGAACUUCCUCCGCUGCAUCGCGCUCUUCAACCAGGAGCUGGUGUCGGGCUCCGAGCUCCUGCAGCUCGUCAGCCCGUUCCUAGGGAAAUUUCCAGAACUCUUUGCACAGUUCAAGUCCUUCCUGGGGGUGAAGGAGCUGUCCUUCGCGCCCCCCAUGAACGACAGGCCCGGGGACGGAAUCAGCCGGGAGAUCGACUACGCGUCCUGCAAGCGCAUCGGCUCCAGCUACCGGGCCCUCCCCAAGACGUACCCCCGGUGCAGCGGGAGGACAGCCAUCUGCAAGGAGGUGCUGAACGACACCUGGGUCUCUUUCCCCUCCUGGUCAGAAGACUCCACCUUCGUCAGCUCCAAGAAGACGCCCUACGAGGAGCAGCUGCACCGCUGUGAGGAUGAACGCUUCGAGUUAGACGUCGUGUUGGAGACCAACCUGGCCACCAUCCGGGUGCUGGAGAGCGUGCAGAAGAAGCUGUCGCGGAUGGCGCCCGAAGACCAGGAGAAGUUCCGGCUGGACGACUCCCUGGGGGGCACGUCGGAGGUGAUCCAGCGGCGCGCCAUCCACCGCAUCUACGGGGACAAGGCCCCCGAGAUCAUCGAGAGCCUCAAGAAGAACCCCGUCACCGCCGUCCCUGUCGUCCUGAAAAGGCUGAAGGCCAAGGAGGAGGAGUGGCGGGAGGCCCAGCAGGGCUUCAACAAGAUCUGGCGGGAGCAGUACGAGAAGGCGUACCUCAAGUCCCUGGACCACCAGGCCGUGAACUUCAAACAAAACGACACCAAGGCCCUGCGCUCCAAGAGCUUGCUCAACGAGAUCGAGAGCGUCUACGAUGAGCACCAGGAGCAGCACUCCGAGGGCCGCAGUGCCCCCUCCAGCGAGCCUCACCUCAUCUUCGCCUACGAGGACCGGCAGAUCCUGGAAGACGCGGCCGCCCUGAUCACCUACUACGUGAAGCGGCAGCCGGCCAUCCAGAAGGAGGACCAGGGCACCAUCCACCAGCUGGUGCACCAGUUCGUGCCCAGCCUCUUCUUCUCCCAGCAGCUGGACCUGGGCGCCUGUGGAGCUGGAGGAGUAUUACCCGGCCUUCCUGGACAUGGUGCGGAGCCUGCUAGAGGGCAGCAUCGACCCCACGCAGUACGAGGACACGCUGCGCGAGAUGUUCACCAUCCACGCCUACAUCGGCUUCACCAUGGACAAGCUGGUGCAGAACAUCGCGCGGCAGCUGCACCACCUCGUGAGCGACGACGUCUGUCUGAAGGUGGUGGAGCUCUACCUGAGCGAGAAGAAGCGGGGGGCCGCCGGCGGGAACCUGUCCUCCCGCUGCGUCCGCGCUGCCAGGGAGACCAGCUACCAGUGGAAGGCGGAGCGCUGCAUGGCCGACGAGAACUGCUUCAAGGUGAUGUUCCUCCAGCGCAAAGGGCAGGUGAUCAUGACCAUCGAGCUCCUGGACACCGAGGAGGCCCAGACUGAGGACCCCGUGGAGGUCCAGCACCUGGCCCGGUAUGUGGAGCAGUACGUGCGGACCGAGGGCGCGUCCAGCUCACCCACCGAGGUGAAACCCGUGUUCCUGCAGAGGAACCUCAAGAAGUUCCGGCGGUGGCAGUGUGAGCAGGUGCGGGCCCUGCGCGGCGAGGCCAAGAGGUCGUGGAAGCGGCUGAUCGGGGUGGAGAGCGCGUGCGACGUGGACUGCCGCUUCCGGCUGGGCACGCACAAGAUGGUGUUCAUCGUCAACUCCGAGGACUACAUGUACCGCCGUGGCACCCUCUGCCGCGCCAAGCAGGUGCAGCCCCUGGUGCUCCUGCGUCACCACCAGCACUUCGAGGAGUGGCACGGCCGCUGGCUGGAGGACAGGGAGCCCGCCAGCCUGGUGCAGGACUGGCUGAUGGGUGAGGAGGACGAGGACAUGGUGCCCUGCAAGACGCUCUGCGAGACGGCGCACGUGCACGGCCUGCCCGUGACCCGCUACCGCGUCCACGACAGAGCCGGGCCCGCCCCUGCCCGGCCCCCCCUCGCCGCUGGGCCAGGGCCACGGGGCACCACGGCUCUCGGGGCCCCAGCCCGCCACUGUGCAGGGGCCGAGCUUGGAGCAGGGCCCUGCCGGUCCCCAGCGGCUCCUUGGCCUCCCUGGGGCCUGUCCUGUGCCAAACCUGAAUCCACCAACCUUGCACCUGGGGCUCCGCCUCCGCCUCGCUGGGCAGGGCGAACGAGCCGGCCAAAGGACGGGACCCUGUGGGCACGCCUGCCCUGGCCGCCUCUGUCACGUGCCAAACCCCUGGGCUGA